GUACAUACACACAUAUAUAUCGUUUAAUAGAUUAAACAUUGUUAUUAAUUGUUAUCUGUAUAGUCUGAGUGAGAUUUGACUCUUCUUGUGCUUGCUAUCUUAGCUUAAACUAGCUUGUUAGCUGCUAACAAAGAGACGCGGACGUUAUCAACACAUCGCUAAGUAGAGAUCAAAUGUGAGUGUAAAGUGUUGUGAUUGUGUGAAAAUGUGCGAAAGAACGAUCGCAAAGUAUGAGGAUGAAUUACUGGACGCUGUUUUCAAGAAACAUCAAGUUGCGUUACACAGAACAGGUCAGCGAGUUUCUGGGCUUCUGACAGACCAUUGCAUCUUUCAUCCAGUGCUGCACAGAUGUUUCUGGAUUCUGAGUCAUGGGGAAGGCAAAAGAAUUGUCAAAGGAUCUGCGAGAAAAGACGUCUGUGAAGAAACUCUUUAUCCCUGAGCAAAAGAAGGGGAGCUUUAGGAUGCAGCAGGAGGAGCCACAGCCCUCUUCAUUUAAAGAGAAAGACAAGGACCCAUUGAACCCCCGCUUUAAAGAGGAAGAGGAGGAACACAGCAUCAGUCAGGAGGGAGAGCAUCUUCAAGGACUGGUGGAGUUCCCAGUGUUUGUUGUGAUUGUGAAGAGUGAAGAUGAUGAGGUCAAAGGUAAAAGUGAGGAGAAGAGAGAGGCGGAGCCUCCAAGCAGCAGCUCAACACAACACAUGACAACAGAAGCUGAUGGAGACCACUGUGGAGGAUCACAAGCAGACAAGCUCUUAGCUCCACUAUCAGAUAGUGAGGACACAACGUCACACUCUCCUGACACUGAUGAUGAAGACUCUAAAGAUGAUAAGACAUGUCACACUGACAACACUCACUUCAAAUGUUCUCACUGUGACAAAACCUUCAAAUACCAUAGUCAUCUGAAAAGACACACGAGAAUACACACUGGAGAGAAACCUUUUUUUUGUUCAAUCUGUGGCUUAUCUUUUACAAGGAAGGAAAAUAUGAAAGAGCACACAAGAACACACAAAGGAGACAAACCUUUUUCGUGUUCUGUGUGUGAUUCAAGGUAUGCACGAAGUCAAUGUUUGAAAUUACACAUGAAAAGACACACUGGGGAGAACAUUUUGAAAUGUUCUGUGUGUAAUUCAAGUUUUGUCCGAGGUGAAGAUUUGAAAACCCACAUGAGAACACACACAGGAGAAAAACCUUUUUCUUGUUCAGUGUGUGGUGUAUUUUUCACACAGAGUGCAAGUUUGAAAAAACACAUGAGAACACACACUGGAGUUAAACCUUUUUCCUGCUCAGUGUGUGGAACAGGUUUUGUACACAAGGACAACUUGAAAAGACACAUGAAAAUACACACGGGAGAAAAACCCUUUUCCUGUUCAAUCUGUGGCUUAUCUUUUACAAGAAAGGCCAGUUUGAAAGAGCACACAAGAACACACACCGGAGAAAAACCUUUUUCAUGUUCUGUGUGUGAUUUAAGGUAUGCACGAAGUCAAGAUUUGAAAAAACACCUGAAAGGACACACUGGAGGAAACCUUUUUAAGUGUUCUGUGUGUAAUACAAGUUUUGUCCGAGGUGAACAUUUGAAAACCCACAUGAGAACACACACAGGAGAAAAACCUUUUUCUUGUUCAAUCUGUGGCUUAUCUUUUACAAGGAAGGAAAACAUGAAAGAGCACACAAGAACACAUACUGGAGAAAAACCUUUUUCCUGUUCUGUGUGUGAAUCAAGUUUUGCACGAAGUCGAAAUUACAAACAACACAUGAGAAUACACACUGGAGAAAAUCUGUUGAGCCCGGGUCAUACAACAGGGCUAUAAGGUACAACAUAUAUAUUUUUUCAUCCAUUGCAUUGGAACACUGCUUAUCAUUUUACCUGCAGAUAUCCUUCAAGAUGGUUUACAGCCUCAGAGGAGCUAAUUGUUGCUCUCUUCUUAUGACCUUUGGAAGUAGGCAGAAGUAUGUGAACCAAAAGUAGAAUGCUUGGGAGGUCAUUGUCCCAGCCUAAAAGAAAAGAGGAAACUAUAAGAUGGCAGAAUAUUGAGCAAUAAUUUAGUUUAAUAACUGGUUAAGCUUACCAUGUCCGUCAGGGUUUUGUGCAGCCAGGAGCUCUUCUACGGGAUUAUUAAAGACUGGAUUUUUACAGUCCAUCAGGAUCCUGGGUUUGAAGAAAGUGGGCCACUUUGACAAAAAUCUGCCGGACACAUACCCUCCAAACAUCAUGACAAAGUAUUGUUCAAUCUAAAAUAAAUACAAACACAAAAGUAAAUAUUGCUGACUUGAUUAACUUUUUUGCACACAUUUAAAGGCCUACUGAAAGCCACUACUACCGACCACGCAGUCUGAUAGUUUAUAUAUCAAUGAUGAAAUCUUAACAUUGCAACACAUGCCAAUACGGCCGGGUUAACUUAUAAAGUGCAAUUUUAAAUUUCCCGCUAAACUUCCGGUUGGAAACGUCUAUGUAUGAUGACGUAUGCGCGUGACGUCACGACGGCAACGGAAGUAUUCGUACCCAAUGUGUCACCAUACAAACUACUCUGUUUUCAUCGAACAAUUCCACAGUAUUCUGGACAUCUGUGUUGGUGAAUCUUUUGCAAUUUGUUUAAUGGACAAUGGAGACUGCAAAGAAGAAAGUUUUAGGUGCGAUCAGUGUAUUAGCGGCAGACUACAGCAACACAAUCAGGAGGUUGUGUUGUGUUUGAGUUGGAUAGAAGACGCACUACCGUGAGUACAGCUUUGGCUUCCAAACAUUUGAUCGCUUGCCCAUACGUGCGUGUCGCUAUGUGCAUGUCACGUACGUAACUCUGGGGAAAUAUAUGUUUCUUGCCGACUCUGAUGGCGGCCGGGGUGUCGUUGAAAGCUACAACGCCCGCCGCCGCUCCGUGGUUAGCUUAAAUUGUUAAGCUUCGCCAAGCUGGAAAUUAUUAACCGUGUAUUUACAUGUUAAUGGUUUAAUAGUAUUGUUGAUCUUCUGUCUAUCCUUCCAGUCAGGUUUUUUUUAAAUUUUGUUUCUAUCUGCAUUUGAGCCUGAUGCUGUCACGUUAACUACGUAGCUAAGUUAGCUUCAAUUGUUAAGCUUCGCCAAGCUGGAAAUUAUUAACCGUGUAUUUACAUGUUCAUGGUUUAAUAGUAUUGUUGAUCUUCUGUCUAUCCUUCCAGUCAGGGUUUUUUUAAAAUUUUGUUUCUAUCUGCAUUUGAGCCCGAUGCUAUCACGUUAGCUCCGUAGCUAAAGUGCGUCAACGAUGUAUUGUCGUGGAGAUAAAAGUCACUGUGAAUGUCCAUUUCGCGUUCUCGACUCUCAUUUUCAAGAGGAUAUAGUAUCCGAGGUGGUUUAAAAUACAAAUCCGUGAUCCACAAUAGAAAAAGGAGAGUGUGUGGAAUCCAAUGAGCCCUUGUACCUAAGUUACGGUCAGAGCGAAAAAAGAUACACCCUGCACUGCCUCUCUAGUCCUUCACUCCAACGUUCCUCAUCCACGAAUCUUUCAACCUCGCUCAAAUUAAUGGGGUAAUCGUCGCUUUCUCGGUCCGAAUCUCUCUCGCUCCAUUGUAAACAACGGGGAAUUGUGAGGAAUCCUUCCUCCUGUGACGUCACGCUACUUUUUUUUAUCAGCGACCAAAAGUUGUGAACUUUAUCGUCGUUGUUCUAUACUAAAUCCUUUCAGCAAAAAUAUGGCAAUAUCGCGAAAUGAUCAAGUAUGACACAUAGAAUGGAUCUGCUAUCCCCGUUUAAAUAAAAAAAAAUAAUUUCAGUAGGCCUUUAAUCGACAUGAGAAAGUAGACAAUGCGAUAAUGAAUAUUUUACAACAAUUAAUCUAGACAGAGAAUACCCAAAGUAUUGUUGUUGUGGGUUGACUCCGCCGUUGCGAUAUUCGUUCGUGAGAUAUGUCGUCAGGGGAUAAGCUGGGUCACCCCAAAAAAAACCAGGGAGCGGAUCUUCAUCUUCCAGCAGUUGUUUGGGACACGAGGGGGUGGUUCCAUCUUUAAGCUAGCGAAGAUGCAGGCAUCAUGCAUGCUGCCUGGCCAUUUCACUGUCACAUCCAUAAAGCAAUAUUUAUAGUCACACACUGCCUAUCACGAUCACAUCCACGGGAGGAAGGGACCAAGUUUUUUGGUAAAUAGACUCACAUCGGACAUCAUAAAGUUCUCUUGCCGUCUUAGAAGUGUUGUAUCCGGAAUAGCUGCACUCUCCCGUUGCCUUCUCUUAAGGUAUUGAUUUGUGAUUUCCAAAAGCGCCUCUACAUGUAGAAGAAGGAGAAACACGGGCAUGUCUGGAUCAUCCGCCUUCAUCUUUGUUAUGAAGCUGCCUGUGGCGCGUUCUUUCUGAUGUAUUUUCCUGUGUGGGGCGCUGGCUUUCUGGCGUCACUUCCUGUGUGGGCGGGGUCUUUCUGGCAUCACUUCCUCUCCGAACUCACUUUGUAAACGACCAAUGAGUCCAUACAAAGCUAAGUGCCGGAGAUUCAAGAAUUACACGACUGACUUACCCGUGUAAAAAAUUGUCCGAGGAGGGGGACCUUAAACGCUGGUUUAGUGUGGCUGAAACGGGGCUUAGGGUAAAUAAUUAUUCGUUUAAGGGGUUAAACGACUUAGUGUAGACAUGUCCUUAUAGACCGCGUCUCCCUUUGUUCUGUACCAGAAUGUCUCGUUGUAUCGUGCAUCUCCAGCAUCAUGCCCAAGCCAUGUCUCGUCCUGUUUUCAGUUAUCCUGAUCCUGAAUUUUCAAGUUGGUAUUGAGUUUUCCUUUUCUCCUCUUAAGCAAAGUGAUUUUUGGUUUAUAAAGGUGUCAAGUUGAAGUGGUGACUUCAGUUUAUUUUUACAGUUCCUUCUUUUCCUUAUUUUUCAGUAAUUUUUUGUUACCGGUAAUUAUUUUUCUAGACCAGAAACAGUGGAGAAGUUCUAUAGCCCUUUAUUCCUCCCUCCUUUUGGAGCGUUUUUUUUAUUGUUUAAAUUUCAUAGUUAGAUUCCUCGCUGGUGUAGUUAGAGAUUGAUAUUUUUGUUUCCUCCUUUCGGAGUGAUUUUCUGUUUUUUCACUUUUUGUGAAAACAGUUAUCAGAAUUUAUAGCUGUUGUUUUAUUGCCCUGAUUCAAGAGGUGAAAAGUGAACCUUUCAAAAUAAAAGUCUGCCAGGUUGUUCCCCACUCUGCAUCUGAGUCAUAUGUCUGACUCAGGCCUGACAAAGAGUAAGACCUAAUUUAGUCUUUGGUCAUCUGUCGGUUAGCACUUGGUGGUACUUGCGACCUAAUAUUUUCUGGAUAAACCGAAAAAUCCGGACAAUAAGCCACUACUUUUUUCCAACGCUUUGAACCCUGCGGCUUUGGAUUUUUCUUCACUGGCAGCCUUACAGCAGAUAGUUUUCAUUAAUCACAUGCAAAGACAAUUGAAUGGUGUGUUAUUGUUUGUGCUGUGGCACCAUCUCUUAGUUGAGCUUGCCCACUGCAGGUGCGGCUACUGUAGGUGAAUGUGAAUUCCCACUGUUUAAAGCUUUGAACCGGAAGUAGAAUCUCUGUAGGAGUGGUUUCAUGCAUAUUUGUACGUGCUGUCAUUAGGAAGCGAGCGUUGUUAAGAUUAGUUAAUAUAAAAAUAUGUAAAUAACUAAUUUCACAACAUAUACAUCUGCGGCUUGUAGUCCGGUGCGGCUAAUAUAUUGGAAAAACAUCCUAAAGUUUAGUGGGUGUGGCUUAUACCGGUGCGCUCUAUAGUCCGGAAAAUACGGUAGUACUUAGUGCGAAAAAUUUGAGAACCACUGGUGUUUAGAGGCCAUUCUGGUAUACAUUGAGGUUCUGUAUUUAUGUAUGUUUUGGUACUGCUAUGCUACUGCUUUCAAUUUUCUAAAACAGUCACUGAGAAGAUCAAAUGUUUUCCUGAUGUUACCAAAAGGGAAAAUUAAAGGAGUAAGAAUAAAAUAGUGUUGACUCUUACUAAACGUGCCAAAAUCGUCAAAACCCCCUUCGGUUUCAGCCACUCUAACGUAUCGCCAGGUUUGACCAAAUUUUAUUGGAACCAACAUUGUGUUCUAUAACAAGACAACAACGUUUCUUUGUCAACACUAUAUAACUUUUGUCCUUUGAGCUUUCCUCUUCUGGGGUCACUAAAGCAAAUCAUCUGCCUUUUCGAGUGCAGUGAUUUACAUUAUUUUGGCAGAUUUUCUAUAUCAGCUCCCUGUACUGCAAAUGUAACCAGACAGGGGAACAGAGGUACACUGGAUUUGUCCAAAAUAUAAUAUUUCAGCAGUUUUGAUACAUGUAUCCGAGAUCAUGUUUAUAUUAUAUAAAACAGAAACAAUUUUUUGUUUAAAAAAAAAGUGCAUACAUAUUAGAAGCUAGGCUUACAGUAGUUCAAUGAUAAAAGUAAUCAAAAUCAGCCUAGUAAGCAGAGCUUACUUAUAAAAAAUGUUAAGUCCUGAGCUGCAUGUGUUAAGCCAAGUGAAAAUAUUACAUUAAUAGUAACAAAUGUUACAGUAACAACAUACAAACCCCGUUUCCAUAUGAGUUGGGAAAUUGUGUUAGAUGUAAAUAUAAACGUAAUACAAUGAUUUGCAAAUCAUUUUCAACCCAUAUUCAG